UUGAGAAACAUCACCACCAGAGAGGUCAGCGUGUUCUUGCCACACGUCAAUAAAAGCUUUUGGCAUUUUUCUCUUCCCUACAACCGAACCGAUUAUGUCAUUCACCUCUUCUCUGGAUCCAAACAAGGACAAUCCUUAUCACCCUCUUCCUCCUGAUUCAGAAUCACUUUUAUCACCAUCAUCUGCUGCAGGAGCACUUCACCGAAAAGAUGAUAGCAGAGAAAAAGGAAGAAGUAAAACAACAAACCUGGAAGACAUUGAAGAUGAAUCCCAAAAGCAGAAAAACAUAUCAGAAGGAUCUUCUUCUCCUCACAGGAAAAAUGCACCAAUCAACAGAUACGCUCUCGCUGGUGCCAUUUUGGCCUCCACCAACUCUGUUCUACUAGGCUAUGAUAUUGGGGUAAUGAGUGGAGCAGCGCUUUUCAUCAAAGAAGACCUGAAAAUCACAUCAACCCAAGUUGAAAUCUUGGUUGGUUCUCUAAAUGUCUGUUCCUUAAUCGGUUCUCUAGCUUCAGGCAAGACCUCAGAUUGGAUAGGGAGGCGCUACACCAUAAUCCUCGCCGCAGCCACUUUCCUAAUCGGCGCUAUCUUAAUGGGACUUGCCCCAUCAUAUUCAUUCCUCCUCGCUGGGAGAUUAAUAGCCGGAAUUGGCGUCGGCUACUCCCUAAUGAUCGCUCCGGUCUACGUUGCUGAGCUUUCCCCAACUCUAACCCGCGGAUUCCUCACCUCCCUCCCUGAGGUCUUCAUCAAUAUCGGAAUCUUACUCGGUUAUAUCUCUAAUUACGCUCUCUCGGGCCUCCCUGAAACUUUAAACUGGAGACUUAUGCUAGGAUUUGCGGCGAUUCCGGCGGUGGUCGUCGCGAUCGGGGUCUUGGCGAUGCCGGAAUCGCCUCGGUGGCUGGUAAUGCGAGGACGGAGAGCCGAGGCGAGGCGGGUCCUAGUCAAAACCUCGGAGACGAAAGAAGAAGCCGAACUAAGAUUGAGCGAAAUCGUCGAAGCGGCGUCGUUUUGCGGUGGUGCUUCUUCGAGCAGUGCAUGGCAAGGAGAAGGGGUUUGGAAAGAGAUGAUUUUCAGACCUUCGAGACAGCUUCGACGGAUCCUGAUAGCCGCAAUUGGAGUCAAUUUCUUCAUGCAAGCCUCGGGAAACGACGCCGUUGUAUACUACAGCCCUGAGGUGUUCAGAGACGCUGGCAUCGAGAACAGGAGACAGCAAGUCGGAGUGACCGUCAUAAUGGGCCUUGCCAAGACCUCAUUCGUUUUAAUUUCGGCCUUUUACUUGGACAGGUUUGGGCGGCGGCCGCUUUUGUUAUUGGGCUCAAUUGGGAUGGCCUUGUCGCUAGCUGGGCUGGGCCUGGGCUCUAAGUAUCUCGAGUAUUCAAAUGAGAAGCCUGUUUGGGCUAUAGCGCUUUGCGUUGUAGCUGUCUGUUCAGCGGUUUCGUUCUUCUCUAUUGGGCUUGGGCCCAUCACGUGGGUGUACUCAUCGGAGAUUUUUCCAAUGAAGUUUCGAGCCCAAGGUUCUAGCUUGGCGAUCUCAGUGAAUAGAUUGGUUAGUGGGGUUGUGUCCAUGACAUUUCUAAGCAUCUCUAGGGAGAUAUCGUUUGGGGUAACUUUUUUUGCUCUGUCUGCAAUAAUGGUAGUUGGUACGGUUUUCUUUUACCUCUUUUUACCUGAAACCAAAGGGAAGAGCUUAGAAGAGAUUGGGACUCUAUUUGAGGAUCAAGUAGAAAAUGACAACUACAAGCCCCUUCUUUCUUGAUUCAAUAUCUUGUUUAGAGAAAUGUAAAGGGUCUUAGUCACACUGCAAUAUCUUGUUCAUAAAUUAUCAUAGUAAUAGUCAUAGUUUAUUGUUUAAAUUUUUUAUUCAACAUUGGUCUAGCCCAAGCUAGUGGUUGAUGGAGGAAUCAAGCAAUGUUGGAUUAUUAUUAUUUUUUAUGUAAGAAUAAUAACAUUGUCAUUUAAAAAAAAUUAUUCCAUUAAAUGUGAUUUAAUUUUAAUCACGAUCAUAUCA